AUGCGCGUGUCCCUUGUCCCCUGUGGUUGUCUUGGCAGGUUCUCCCAUGGGCAAGUGGUCUCUGUGGACGAGCUGCGCCCCUUCCAGGACCCAGACCUGAGCUCCCUCCAGGCCGGCUCUGCAUGUCUGGCCAAGCAGCAGGACGGCCUCUGGUACCCGGCUCGGAUAACCGAUGUGGAUAACGGCUACUACACAGUCAGGUUUGACUCACUGCUGCUGAAGGAGGCCGUGGUGGAGGGGGACGGCAUCCUGCCCCCACUGCGCACGGACCCCGCAGGGUCCUCGGACUCCGACAGUGGCGACGCGGAUGACCCAAGCUAUGCCAGAGUGGUGGAACCCGGUACUACCGACCACGGGACCUGCAGCUCCGCUUUUGCUGGCUGGGAGGUGCACACACGGGGCAUUGGCUCCAGACUCCUGGCCAAGAUGGGCUACGAGUUUGGCAAGGGUUUGGGCCGACACGCAGAGGGCCGGGUGGAGCCCAUCCAUGCUGUGGUGCUUCCUCGAGGGAAGUCGCUGGACCAGUGCGCAGAGAUCCUGCAGGAGAGGACCAAGGGCAGCACGCCUGGAACCCGGAGGCCCCCGAGAUGCCGGGGGAGCAGGGGUGGGCGUCCUCCCCCUCGUAGUGUGUUUGACUUUCUGAACGAAAAGCUGCAGUGCCGGGCCCCUGGGGCCCUGGAGCCUAAGGGGGCCCCCCCGGGGAGGAGGAGCGGCAAGGAAAUAUACCAUGCCAGCAAGAGUGCCAAGCGGGCCCUGAGCCUGCAGCUCUUCCAGACUGAGAAGAAGAUCGAGCAAACCCAGCGGGACAUCCAGGGCAUCCAGAAGGCCCUCGCCCGAAACACCGGCCGGCACAGUGUGACGGCAGCCCAGCUGCAGGAGAGGCUGAUGGGAGCCCAGCGGGAGCUGGGGCAGCUCCAGGCCCAGGAGGCAGGCCUGCAGCGCGAGCAGAGGAAAGCAGACACCCACAAGAAGAUGACUGAGUUCUAGAGCCCCUGUGCACGCAGUGGACAGAGCUCAGGGCCCCCAGCUCCUGGCUGCCCUCUGGAAGACUAGCUGUCACCCAGCAACUAGAUGCUACUGGAAGAGGGGCCCCUGCUCCCAGCCUAGCCCCCAUGGCCAGCCUUCUCCCUGGCCCAGGGCAUGUGGACACUGCUGAAUGGAGAUGGGGCUGCAGGGGUCACGUCUGGACACUUAACUUGCCCGUUGAGCCCACCUGCCAGUGUCUUAGGGGGUCUCCUUCGCAAAGACAUUAAAGUGAUCGUGUUGUGUCUUUCA